UCAAAAGAAGGCCGGGCACGCGAAAGCGUAACUCCGCUGACAAUAGAAAUAAAAGCGCCGUCUGAGGAGCCGUUCCGCGUUCGCAAACCGCUCGCGGCGAGCGAGGGACGAGUGCAGCAAGUACACUGCAAGUACACCACGUGCCGCCCGAGAACGCUCGCCCAAUCCAUGCGUAAUGUUCCAAGCCAUGGAAGCAACACCGCAACAUUGCUAUUGCCAGGACCUGUCGCGACUGGGUUGAGGCAGGGGUGAGCAAGCAACCGACAAACCGCAACCCGACGCGGCGCCUCAGCCGCGCGAAUAGCCCUAUAAAUGGUCACUCAUUGUUUAUGAUCCGCCUUUAUCUUUUCCAAGCUCACCGCAUUUGUUCCGUGACAGAGCACGCGAGCCGUCGAACUCGUCGUGAACUCCACGCCCAUGAUCGGCCCUUGUCCAAGAAGGAUAGUUUUCGGGGUAUUUGAAGGGAUGCCGCUGCGUCACUGUCUGUGUCGGAGGGGCGACCGCUCGUGAUCGCCAUGAGCGGGCGCCAUCUUUUGUAUUGCCGAAGCUCGAGACCGACACUUAUCCCAGUUCACUUACGAGUAUAGAACAUCAUGAAAUAAAAAUUCAUAACGCGCUAGCGUUGCAUCACAAAAUGAGAAGUCGCUGCUUGGGCGCAUGCUUCGGCUUUGGCAGCGCGGCAUCAGCUGCGCCCGGUGCUGAUAACGCAAGUGCUCUAAAGCACAACUAUGCACCGUCCCAGCCAUCGCUCGCAAACGAAGCGUCGUCCCCCACGAGGGGCGACGACCGGCCUGCCGACCGGCCUGCAGCGACGAGCCCGCUCGGCCUGUUGCGAACCGACCAUUCCGGCUCCAUAUCUUCUAUUCUUGAGGCGAUACGGCGAAGCUUGGGCACUCGCGUCGCACGGCUAUACGGGUUUGAGACUGCCGCUGAUGCAAGCGCACCAAAUGAGCGACUGGUGGUAUUACUGUGCCAAGUUGGCGUGCACAAUGAACUAUGCAGCGCGGCCCGACUGCCAGGCUGGACGGCUGGGCUGUCCAACUUAGAUUUUGUUCGAGCGUCGGCCGGUGACCCGGCUCUGUCUGGAGAGAUUCAACUCGUUCGCUCAGCGGCGGUGUCUGGGCGUGCGUCGGUUGUACAUGCGAUCCCGACCUUCUCCGGCAACAACGGGCCUGGGGGUGAUCCUGGCGCGACCACGGCGGUGGCGGCGGCGGGAGGAGACGUUUUUGACGUGCCUCCGGGAGGCGACGCCUCCUACGUGGAUGCCGCCGCCUUCCCUUUGUUCCUGGGCCCCCGUGUCAUCGCCGUGGUUUACGUGGCCGGCGCAGCUGCCACCUCCGCUGCCACCGCCGCCACCGCCGCCGUCGAGGGUGGCCUCCCCUGCAUCCCCAAGGACCCAGCCACGCUGCACUCUGUGACCCUGGCGCUCUCCCUGGCCUUGGUGGGUCCCUCGCACGCGGACACCGCGGGGCUCCCGAUGCUGCCCCCGGGAAUCCCGCGCCACCUGCCCCUUGCCGUACCCGGCGGCGGCGGCCUUGGUGGCGGCGGUUUCCUGGCGUGGCUGUCUGGCUGCCUGCGGCGCCUGGCCGAGGCCUCCUCGCUGCACGCGCUGGUGUGGGAGCUGGGCGAGGCGCUGGCGGCGCACGUGCGGCAGCGCUUCCUGCUGGACGUAGCAGUCACAGCCGCGCUGCUGCCGGACACAGCCGGCGGCGGCGGCGCCGCCGCCGCCGCCAACGUGCUCAUGGCGUCACGCGGCGCCGUCAGCGCAACCACCGCCUACCUGCUGCUUGCAGAGGCGCCGCCGGGCGGUGGCCGCAUGCUGCGAACCAGCAUGGACCCCGCCAGUUUCGUGGACGACCGCGGCGGCGUCGCCCGAGCGGCUCUGGGGCUCCUGAACACGGGUGGUACGGACCAGGCGGCCGUGUCACCACGUCUGGUGGCAUUCACGUACGGCGCCGCCGGCUCGGUGCAGGCAGACGAGGGCCAGCUGCUGGCGAGCGGCGGGAUCGUGCGUGGAAUGGACGCCGUAUCGGGCCGCACCGCUGGUGCCACCACCGGCGUUAUGCCUCGGUCCGCCUCCCUGGCUGCGAUGCACAAGGCCGCCCUCACCACCGCCUCCGCCAUCAUCACCGCCACCGCCGGCACCCGCACGCAGGGCACCGCCACGAGCCCUGGCAGCGCCGCCGUGGCCAUGUCACCACCGCCGCCAGGCGGCGGCGGCGGCGGCGGCGCCGGAGGCCGGCACAGCGGCAACCUGGCCACCGCGAUGCGGCACAACAGCAUGCACCGCGUGGUCCAGCUGUCACAGCUGGCAAGCGCAAGCAGCCGUGCGCUUCAUGUCACUACACAGGAGGCAUCCAACAACUCCCCGCGGUUCCCAGCCACCGGCGCUGUGGGCAGCGUCGGCGGCGGCGGCGGCGGCGGGCUCGGCGGCAUCGUCAGCGCCUCGGCGUCGCUGCCACUGCCGCUGCCGCUUCCGUUGGACAAGUUCAGUGCGGCGUCCAUUGCGCAGCUGACGGCGGUUGCGCCCGCUCUCAACGCCCGGCCCUUCGACACCUCCCACACGCUGUUCCUCGAGAUGGUCACGGCAGCGGCGGCAGCUGGCGCCGGCGCCGGCGCCGUAGAGAGCGGCGGCAGCGGCGGCGGCGCCGUAGGCCGCGGUGUAACGCCGUCUGGCGGCGGCGGCGUGCUGCUGGGAGCGUUGGUGCCGGACUGCGCGCGCUGGGUUCAGGACGUGCGCCGGCCUUCCCGAGAUGUCUACAUGUUCAUGGCGGCUGGCGGCGCCGCCGGCAUCAGCGCCGCAGCAGCGGCGGCUGGACCCAUCGCCAUGCAGUCACUGGCCCUGAUCGGCUUGGCGGCGGGCGUCAGCGGCGGCGGCACCAGCGGCACCGUCAGUGCCGGCAGCGCAGCCGGCGUCGGCGCUGGCGGCGGCGGCGGCGGCGGUCCUGUGUUGGGUCUGUACCUGGCGUUUGGCUCGCAGCUGCCGCCGCGGCUGUUGGAGGCGGUGCAGGCCAGCUGCGCCAGCCUCGUGAGAGAGCACUUUGUCGCCACCGCCGGCGCCAAGCUGCGCGAGGAGCUGUGUGCCGAGAUCGACAUGCUUCGUGCCGGCGUGCCAGGCAGCUAUGCCGUACUGAGCCAAGACAGCACCCCGCUCGCCUCCCAAUCCAAUCUGGCUCUCCCCUGCGCCUCCGUCGUAGAGCCUACAAAGGCCGCGGCGGCGGCAGCAAUCAUCCCCAGCCCUUGCAGCGCCGCGGAAGGCGUGCUGCCCCCGGGCCGCCUUGCGCGCACCCGCACCAAUGCCGACACCGAGCUCGAGGCUGCUACAGCCGCCGCCGGCAUGGGUGCUAAUGCCGCAAACUCCGCCGCCCCCUCCUCCAGCAACCUGUGCGGCGGCAUGCUGGCGGGCGCGGUGGAGGCGAUCAACGCGCUGGAGAGCAGCCUCAUCGGCGGCGGCGGCGGCGGCGCCGCUGGUGGCGGCGGCGGUUAUUUCACGGUCAACUGCGCGCUAGGCGGCGUUCCGACCGGGGCAGUGCCCGGAUCGCUCGGUGUCAUUGGCGCCGCUGGCAACAGCGCCGUCGAGGACCGAGGCACCGCCCGCCGUCGGACGACUGACAACGAAACAAGUCCGUCAGGCACUGGCAGGAAUGUGCGCGCCGCCUCGGGCACCGCCUCACUCCUGGGCGGCAGCGGCAGCAGCAGCACCGCGCGCCGGGCGGCGCAGCAGGCGGCGGCGGCGGCGGCGGCGCAGCAGGCGGCGGCGGCGGCGUCAAUGAACGCGGCUGUAGCACCACGCAGCUCCUUGCCGACCCAGAUGCCGGGCUCUGCUCAACAGCGCCCCCAACCCCAACAGCUGCAGCAGCAGCAACAACAGAUGCUGUCGCUGCAGCUGCCACUUCGCCAGCCGACUUCCGCCCGCGCCGCCGCCGCGGCAGCUGCAGCUGCCGCCACCUCCACUAUGGUCACCAUGUCGCCUGUAACGGCCCUGGCCCUCAUGGGCAGCCCUGGCGGCGGCGGCCCUGGCAGCGGCGGCGGCACGCUCGCGACUACCAUGGGGGGCACGACGACGGGUGGCGCCGGUCCUCAUCUGAUUACGAACACGAUGUUUAACGUGCACAUGGGCGGCGGCGGCACUUCACGGACCAGUCCUGGCGAUGAUGAGCUUGCGAUCAUGUUCCCUUUGAGUGGCAGCGUGGGCGUGAUGGGAGGCGGCGGCGGAGGAGGCGGUGGUGUGGGUGGUGGCGGCGGCAGCGGCGGCAGCGGCAUCGCGCAGCAGACCCGGCCGCUGCAGGUGCUGACGCUGGCUUCGCCGCAGCUGACGGCGCAGAUGGCGCCUGCACCCGUCACUGCAACCACGCUGGUCACCGUCCACGAGGCCGACACGGGCGCCUCCCUCCGUAGCAACUUCAGCCUCUUGGUCGACUCCGUGAUGACCACCCUGCGCACAAGCAUGGUUGCCGCCGACGACCUCGCAACACGCCGCAUUGGCGGCGUCGGCGCCGGAAGUUUCAACAGCGCGGCGGCGGCGGCGGCCCUCGCCGGCAGCGCCGCCGCCACAGCCUCCGGCGUCUCCGCCGCCACUAUGACUGCAAACACCUCGGGCAGCAUUCUGCUGCUGUCAGAGGAAUCCUCGGCGGCGCUCCUGCGUCGCGGCGGCACGAUGGGCGCCGCCGGUUUUGGCGGCGCCGCCGCCGCAGCGGCGGCUGGCGGCGGUGCUGGCGGCGCUGGCGGCUUCCCCAUCUUUGUGCGGCGGACGCCGCGCGUGGGCGGCGGCGGCGGCGGCGGUGGCGGUGGCGGCGGCGGCGCGGGCCUGGUGUCGCCGGGCCAUGCAAGUGGAGCGCUGCCAGGUGGCGCCUGCAGCCUGGUGGAUGUAGACGAUGCUCUGGAGGACCUGCAGAUGUAUGACAUCAUUGGCGAGGGUGCCAGCGGUCUGGUGCUGAGGGGGCUGCUGGGCACGUGCCUCGUGGCCGUCAAGGUUAUGGAGAUGCCAGACGUGGAUGCGCACCUACAGCCCCAGCCCCUGCCCCUGCCCGACACCCCGACCGGCGGAGCCGGCGCCGCCGCCAAGCCCACUACUGCCGCCACCGGCGCCGCCACGGACGCCGCCGGCGCCGCAGGCGCUGCCGCGGACGCCACGGCUGUAGCCGCCGCGGCGGCCACAGCUGCUACAGCCGCUGCCGCGGCGGAGGCCAAGCGGGCCAAGGCGCGACUGGACGCGCAGAGGGCCAUGCUGCGCAAUGCGAUGGAGCUGGCGGUGCUGCGGUCGGUCAGCCACGUCAACAUCGUGCAGUGCCACGGCGUGUACGACAACGUGUUUCUGGAGAAGCACGGCGCGGCGGGCGGCCCGGCCACGUGCGUGCUGCGCCGCUACCGCCACGCGCCCGGCUCCGACCCCUCCACCGCAUUGGGCGGCUCGCCGCUGUGUACGGCCAUCAUCACGGAGCUGUGCGACUGCGGCAGCCUCAAUGACGUGCUGGCGGCGCGCACCUUCCCGCAGCUGCUGCAGCUGCCGGCAACUGCCGCCGCCGCCGGCGCCGGGUCAGGCCAGCAGGCCUGGACGCAUUCGCAUCACACAAUGGACAUGCAGGGCGUGUAUCUUACGCUGUUGGAGAUCGCGCUGGCUCUGCGCCACCUGCACUCGCGCCGACUGGUGCACAGGGACGUGAAGCCCGCCAACAUCCUGCUCAAGUCCAGUCCCGGCGACCCACGCGGCUGGACCUGCAAGCUGGCGGACUUUGGAUUCGCGCUCGUGCUGGACCAGCAGGCGCUACUAGUUACGCCGGAUGAAGACAUUGACAGUGGAGCCUCUGCCUCCGGAGCCCGAAGCAGCCCCAUUGGCCACAGCCGCGGCAGCCCGAUCAGUGGCGGCGGUGCCGCCGCCACUGGGCCAUCCGCAGGCAGUGCCGCGGCAGGCGGCGGCAUGGUUGGUGGUGGCGGCGGCGGCGGUGGCGUGUGCUACUACACGGUUCAAGAGCAGACGUGCGGCACCGUGACCCAUAUGGCGCCGGAGGCCUUGAAGAAGAACUCGCGCAUUGACGCCUCAGCCGACAUUUUCUCCUUUGGCACCGUGAUGUGGGAGAUCGUGUGCGGCCGUGGCAGCCGGCCCUACCCCAAGCUGCACCCCGACGCCAUCCCGGCGGCAGUGAUGGGCGGACUCCGGCCCCUAUUCCCGGACGCAGUGCCUGAGCCGUACAGGCGGCUGGCGCAGCAGUGCUGGUCCACCGACCCAUUCGCGCGGCCGCGGGCCACGGAGCUAGUCCAGGUCAUCAAGGCGCAGCUGGCACUGGUGCAGCAGCAGCAGCAGCAACAGCUCUAUCAGCAGCAGCAGCGGCAGCAGCAGCAGCGGGCGCCCGGAGGCCACAUGAGGCCCACCUAGCUAGCCGGUUAACAAGGGGCUACGUGCGUAGCCUAAUCAGUAUGUGACAAUUAUCGUGUGGCUACUGGGAGAAUCGGAAGGAAAAAAUGGAAGAACAGGAAGAGAUGCAUGGAACGGGGGACGCAAACGUAUGCCGCGCCUGAGAAGGCGUGUGGAGGUUCGAUCGCCUAGGCAGUCGCAGCAUAAUACACGCAGGGGGUCUGUUCAGUUACGGUUGGCCUUGGACCAGCAAACCGGUCUGCGCUGGGCUUAAAUGGGUGGUUUCAGGAAUCCCCUUGCCUUUUUGGUAUCCUACUCGGAAAAACUUUCCCUGCAUAAUUUCAAGGCAGGUCAGUGGAUGGGGGCACGGCCAGGUGAAGCAAGUUAGUCGCUAGCACACCCAGCAUCGGCAUACUCGGCAGUUCGGUGCGGCAUCGUAGCACGAUAGGCUCAUAUGUUUGUGUGCCUGUGUGUGUUUGUGCACCUGUGUGCGUACGUGUGUACGGUAUGUCUGUUCAUGUUGGAUAACCCCACGUCAGUUGUGUGAACACAAAGGGCGGAUAUCGCGGCACAAUGUGUCUGUGUGCAUAUGCGUGUGUAGUGUGUGCACGGUUGGAGCGUUGUUGCCCAGAGUCCCGCCAUGUGUCGCAUGCAUGCAACGGGUUUGCCGUGUGUGCGUCAGAGUGUUGGGUGGUGUUGGUGUAAUUGGUAAGGCGUGGGGGUCGUCUGGAAGGAGGUGUGGGGACAGCGGGUGUGGAUAGAUUUCAUGCGCUCAACAAGUGGGGCACUACCAGCACUGGAAGCCAGUGGCUGGCGGAGGCCCUGCAUGCAUCCAGCUCGGUGGGCUGGUUUACAUUGCUGCAGCGCCCGUAGGCGAGGCUGGGUAUUGCCUCGUGAUAAUAAGGCAUGGGAACUUUACAUUCACCAAUAUUAGGGGAGAUCCGGACAGGCGGCAUUGCGUGUUAAUUCCUGUACGACAGGGCUUUCACCAAUGCCAUAAAGCAUCUUGCGCGCUUUCGGUUAUAUUACCUGAAAUUCCAUUGCUCAUGGGGAGGGCCUCGCACGCAUUCAUGCAUGUCGCGCAUGCAUGUUGCUUAUUAAGCAUUGCGAGACAAGGCAAACAAGGGCACUGCUGCUGGGUAUGUGCAGCAGGCGCCCACUCAGCCUGCUGCAGACGUCUAUCAUUUCCUUACUUGCUCUGUGUGCAUAUGGUAGCAACGUGUGGGCAGGUUUAGCAGGUUUGGAGCUGCUGGUGCCUCUUAGCGAUUGAUACAUCCGCCCCUGCACCACAGCAGGGUCUUGGCAUCAUCAUGCCUAUACCUUUCCUUGCUCUGCUGUGUGUGUGUGUGGCAUCGCCGUACACGCACACAGAGCACGCAUGCCGCACAUUUGGAAUCGUAUGCCGUAUGGAAAACGCACGUCCAUGGCACGCAUUUGCCGCUCUGUGUUUUUUUGCUUGUCCUACGUUUAGCAGAGACACGAGGUAUCUGUCUGGGAGUAACAGUAACAGAUGGAUGUGUAGCAGUGGUUUGUACUGCGAAAGAUUACAGGAAUGCAUGCGCACCUCGUACGAAUGUAGUGUUGCAUACGCUAGGGGUCUUGUCAGCAGUGGGUGUCGGCGCCCAACCGGCGGGGAAUAUUCAUGGAUUCAGAAGAUUUGCUGGAAGAGUAAUCAGGGGCUGCGUGCGGGACCCGAACGAUGUUACGGCUGAGGAGAAGAUGAAAAGGCCGCCGUGACCAUUUAUGCUAUCUAGCACUCCAGUGCACUUGAAGGCACAUGCUUCAUGCAUGGCCUCUAACAUGAUUGCACUCUGACGCAUCUGCUGAGUGCUACGGGCUCGCAUGCAUGUGUAUGCGUGCUACGCAAGGAUGGUACGUAUGCGUGCUACGCACGCAUGGUACCCGAGACAGGAGACGGGAUAUCUUCAGUUUGUUCGGUUUCGCCUGUGGUCGCGCACUCAGCUAGAACGUGAGGCUAGCAUGCAAAUGUGCACGUGUCGACGUGCGCUUGCAUGGCGCUGAGGAGAUGGCGUUGCGCGAGGGGUUGAGCGAGGGCGGGAUUGUUCAACCCGGCCGGUAGGUGGGGUGAGUUGCUGAGUGCUGAGCGCUGCGUCACGGCGGUGCGUGCAUGCCUAGCAUGCCCGCCAGGAUGCAGCAGGCUCCAGGUAGGGGCAGCCGAGCAGAGCAUCGAAUGGGGGUUACUAGCUCAACGUGCCGCAAGGUCUGCUUGGGAGUUGGGGACGGAGUUGAUGGCGGAUUGAUACCGCGAGGGUGUGCCGCUGGCUGUUGGGCCACGGCGCUCGGCGUCGUGAGGCUGUGCGUGGCGGGCUAAGGCUUGGCUUCGAGUCAUGGCGUCGUGCCAGAGACACGCGUUGUGCGAAGACUCAUGCAGUGUUGUGAAGGCCGGCAGCCAACCAAGGGGAGGGCGGUUCCUCUCUGGGGCCGGAGACGGUCCCUCAUGGCGUGGGUGUGGUGCACCUUCGUGAGUCGGACUGUCCAUUCUUGUAAUAAUGUCGCAUU